UAAUUCAUUGAUUUGAUUGGUCAGAAGUUCUGAAUAUAAAUUACUUCCUGUGACCUUAGGUCAUCUGAAAGAAGAGAUCUCACAUCGCGGAGACACGUUUCAAAUUUUACUUACUGUCUUCUCUGGAACCCCGCACGAUGUCGUAGCACAGAGGAGACAGUAAGAGACUAAAGCUAGUCCUCCCAGUAGUGUAGUAAGCCUUCUGCUUGGGAGCCUGUCUGCAAUUGGUUCAGUCAUGGAGGUUCAAAAGGAGUGGUGGAAGACUCAGCUCGCAACCGACAUUCACGAGACGCUCCGCACCAAGGAGGCAGAACUCCCGCCAUUCAAGGGUCUGUCCCCCCAGUUGGGCUUGCGCAGGUAUCUGGUAGACUGGUUGAGCAUCAUUAAUGAGAAACAGGGUGUCCACUGUACAGCACUGCACCUGGCUGUUUACCUUCUGGACCAGUUCAUGGACAGCUAUGACAUCCAGGAGAGCAGGAUGCACCUGGUGGCGCUGGGGUGUCUACUGGUGGCAUGUAAGUUUGAAGAGGAGGAGAGAAGAGUACCUCGGAUCAAGAAGCUGAACCAGUAUGUGAGAGAAGUCUACUCUGAGGAGGAGUACCUGCAGAUGGAGCUGACUAUCCUGAAGUUCUUCCAGUGGAACAUCUCCCUGCCCACCCCUGCACACUUCCUGGACUACUACAUGACGGAGGGGGUGUCCCAGUCCGACCUGCAUGCAGGCUACCCUGUGUGCUCAGUCAACAAGAGCAGGCUGUACCUGGAGAAGUACUGUCACUACUUCUUGGAGGUGUCCUUACAAGACCACUGUUUCCUGGUGUUCCGUCCAUCGGUGAUCGCAGCGGCAUGUGUAGCGGCCUCCAGAAUCUGCCUGCACCUGUCGCCCACAUGGACCAGUCGUCUCCACGGUAUCACCGGGUAUCGCUGGGACCACAUCGCGCCUUGCAUCGAGACUAUGCUCAAGGUGCAUGAAAUGGAUGUCAAAGCCACAAAGACAAGCAAAGACACCAAGGACAAUGUCUCCAGUGCCAUGAUGUAUGAGAGAGGGAAACACAGUGGCUACAACAGAGGUUAUGCUGUCUGCAUCUCGUAGUGGAACCCCCACAUUCUCAGGGUUUAUCAGACGCCACAUACAUGUGGGGACUACUGUGCAAUGAUGAGAUGGGACCAAGUUGGUCCUUCUUAUUCUUCUUUUGAGUUCAGAGAGUAUGAAGAUUAUACCUACUGCUGAAAAGUGUAUUGAACAUGGUGGAGUUAAAAGAGAUACAUAUUUUGAUCAGUGAACAUGACAGUAACGUAGAAUACAGGGUUCUACAUAGGGAUAUAAAAAUGCAUGUUGGAAUUCUAUAUUCCACAUUCUUAACCUUUGCCUCACCAAAGGUGGCUUCACUUUUAUCAUAGCACAAGUCAACAUGCAUUAGGUUAAGGAAAUAGGUAGACUUUUGUUGCAGUCCUUGGAUUAUUCUUUUGCCAAACUAUAGUUAUAACAGAAAGGUAUAUUUUGCUUUGUUGGCAUCAUCAUAGUAUGCUUCACUGUCAGUGUUGAAUAUCUCAGGUGCUCUUAAACUGUCAACAUUUAUACAUGUUUGAUUUUGUGUCGAAAAGAUUGCAAAGGUAUGAAAAAGAAAAAAAAAACAUCUUGUAUGCAUAUUCUACAUUAUUAGAUUAAGCCCUUUUGUUCCUAUAUCCAGACCAGAAAAGCCUUCAAAGAAGUAUAUUUGACUAGAUGAAAUGGAGAUGACUGAACUAUGUGAAAGUGGAUUGCAGCUUGCGAUGUUCACACACGGGUUUUUCAGAAGAUAACACAGAGAAGGAAGGUUAUAUCACUCUGUGUGUGUUAUUAAGAAGUAAAGGUGUUGUGGAGACAGAGAUGUAGUAUAUCAAAGAGUUUAUAUUUUGAAAACAGAAGUGGAAAAAGUGUUUCUAGAUCAGUCUUUAUAAAGGAUGGCCAGUAUGGCACACUGGUCAGUGGCACUGUACAAAGCCAUAGAGUAGUCUUAUCUUUGUUAUUUUGUUUUCUAACUUAUUUUUGUGAUUCUGCAUACUUACCCAUUUACUAAUUUAGUCAAGCAUGUCAGCAAGUUCAAGAUGGGAAUAUAGCAAAGAAAAGUGAACUGUUUUGGCAUACUGUAGUUCUAGUUUCUGUGCAGAAAAAGUUUGUUGAUUACAGAAAACAGUAUAUUUUGACAGGGAAAGCAGUAACUUGUCUUGCCAGAAAAGUAUUAUAUCAUCAAAAAGUGCAAUUACCCAUACUACAUUCCACAUGUUUUGUGAAGAACUAUAAGAAAUGUUGUCAGUAAAAAGACUGUUUAAGUGAGGUUAAGAUAUUCAAGAAACCAUCGGAGUAUAUUUGGGGGAUCUUACAGUUGGCUUCUGAACCAGUACAUCUUAUUUAAGUUUGUUGCAUUGUUCUGUUGCAUUGUCAUUCUCAUACUUCAUUCCAUCCACUGACCUCAUCCGACAUGAAGAGAGUAAAGUUAUGCUGGCCUUUUA